GCCUGCUGCUCGUGCUCAUCAUUUUCGUGUUAGCCAUUUCUGCUCUUCUCCACCACAUCCCCUGCACAAAAACGUCGACAGCCGGCGACCUACGAUGGCCCAGGCGGCGCAGACUAGUGCAGUAGACGCCAACAACUCCCAGAUCCGAGUAGAGCACGAUAAAAAGCGGCGACAGUUUGUAAUAAGACUGAACGGAUCUCAUGACAGAGCAGUUCUUCUGUAUGAAUAUGUUGGGAAGAAAACAGUCGACUUGCAACACACUGAAGUCCCAGAUGCUUAUCGGGGAAGAGGAAUCGCAAAACACUUGGCUAAGGCAGCUAUGGAUUUUGUCGUGGAGGAGGAUCUAAAAGCCCACUUGACUUGCUGGUACAUUCAGAAGUAUGUGAAAGAAAACCCACAGCCUCAGUACUUUGAACACAUUUACCAAUGAUGCUUGAAUAUGAGAGACGCACAGGGAAUGACUCCGAGGGAAGAAACUUCCUCUCAUGCUUUGGAGUGACAGCAAAGGCUCUUCAAGUCUGCGAUAACAAGACAUUGGGUUUAUCCUGAGACGUGUUCUCAUGGUGAAUCUGCUGUGAUGAGUGCAGGGUCAAAUGGUCGGUAUGUCAGCAACAUACAGAGAAACACACAUCAGGAUGCCGGAAGUUCAGUGGAAGCAUGGAAGGUUAAACCAACGCAAGCUCAGGCAAGAUAUUCAGCGUCAAUGGCUGACAAAAAAGCAAAACCACUGGUUUGGUGAUCCAUGGUCAUUCAGGGACAAACAGUGGUCUAUUCACUGAAAUCAAAAUGGCAUCUGCAUCUACAUCAAAUAAAUUCUCAGAAAAUUCCCCAGAAAUACAGAAUGACAUGUAAUAAAACAUAAUAUGAUGUGCUAAUUUUAUAAGUUGGGUUGUCUCUUUGCAAAAUUUAAAUAUGUUUUAACUGAUUUAACUGUAGCAAAAUGUUAUUAACAAUAUUUUUAUCUUAUGUGGACUCAUGAAAUAUUAUUCUAACUCACUAAUUCAUUCUCAACAAGGACUUUAGUAACUCUAACCAAAGACCAAAACUGACAUCAAUAGUAUGCAGAUGUCACCGUCUGUCAUCACAGUUCUUCACUUUUGUAAGAUUAGGGCUCGUAUAGUCAGAAGACAAUCAUUCGAUCUCAAGCCAGCUGUUCAGGCAUUACUAUGUUUUUUCAAACAUUCUUUUUUCUGUAUAUCUUUUAUGAGGUCAGUGAUUGCUGCAAACCGUGACUGCAGAAAUACCUGCCCAUACUGUUGUGUUUGUCCCUUUAUGUGGCUCUUUCAGGGGUUUCUGCUAAUGACAAUCUCUGAGUUAAAGAGAAGACCUCAGGUCAGUCCACUCUGAAGUGGAAAACAUGUUUGUGUUUUUGUUUUUCUGGUGGGGAUAUAAGCAUGUCUUUCUUUUUAAUUUUCUUGUUACAAUGUUUGUGCUUGAGACCACACUUUUUGUUGUUAAUAAACAAAAUAUAUUCAAAGUU